AUGGAAGCUGCAGGUGGUUGCGGUGGUGAAGGUGCCACAGAUAACCACUGUGCCCAUGCAGCGGAGCUCUGCCAACGUUGCAGAGCUGCUGUAGAUGGAACGGAGAAAGAUGGAGAUCCCUUGUUGGAUCAGAAGUUGUCAUCUUUAGACAUCGGAUUUUUGGAAAUGACCUGUGUCUUACCCCAGUGGAGCCCCUGUGGGGUGACACCUACCGACGACACCAUGCUGCCGCUGUUGGUGGCUGGUGCCCUGCUGUUUCUGUUGACGCUGGGCCUGGUGAUCUUCGAUCGUCGGGUGGUGCCGUGCGUCAUCGGCAAGCGCUUGACGGAGGAGGAGAAGUGCAAGGCAGUGGACGAAGGGGCGACGAGUCUGGGGCAGCCACAUUUGGUGCCAAGUUCAGAUGCGCUCCGUUUGGCCGCCGCUAUGCCCAUGGAGAACAUCCAACGCACGAGCUUCGGCAAUGCACGAGGCCGCGCCCUGGUUGCAGCCCUUUUUGGGACCAUCUUUUUACCGGUCUCUACUGUGGCCGUGUUGGCGCGCGUGGCGCUGAUUAUCGCCUACCAAAUGGCGUUGCCAAGGCAACUUCCAGUGGCUCGAGCCGUGUUGGAGCUGUUUCUGGCGCUGGUUCCCUUCCUAUGGUGUGUCUGUCCAGUGCGCUCUGCCAGUGCAGCGCAAGUGGCUUUCUGUGGACCAGGGAGUAGGUGUCAACGCUUCAGUUCUUUUGCGCUGGUGACAGUAGCAGCAGAGAUGUACAGCACCAUCAUGGCCUCCAUGGCGGUCGCCAGCACUUGUGGAGCUUCUCCUUGGCCACCGCUGCUGUUCUAUUGCCUGGGUGUGAUGGUGACGGUUUUGCGGUGCUACUCCUCCGUGCUGGCGGUCAGAUUGCAGGAUUUCGCCGCCGGAACAUGCCGAAGAGUUUCGCCCCAGGAGCUCCAGGAUGUUGUGGGAACCAGUGACAUCCAAUGCCAAGUGGAGGACCCACACGCCGGGGCACCCAGCAACCCCAGGACUCAAUGCAACUCCAAGUUCUACGGAAGACUUGGACCGGUCGCCAUUUUCUCCGGGCCCUGGGCCCUCUAUUUGGGCCGCCGCAUGGGAUGGCAGCUCAAGGCCUCGGGCUCGGCAGUCAUGGAUGCCUCAUUGGUGCAGAUCUUGGAUUUUAUGUACAAGGUAGAGCUCUUUCAAAAGUUGGAUCCAGAAGAAAUCCUGCGACUUGCCCGUGCCUUCACCCACCGCGAAGCUGCAGAUGGAGAUCGAAUCGUUUCUCAAGGUGAAGAGGGUUCUGAGUUGUUCUUCAUCGAAUCCGGAACUGUCUCAGUGCGUGUGGGUGAUGAAGAGAGGGAGAUCACAACUCUUUCGCAAGGCGAUUACUUUGGUGAAACGGCUUUGGUUCAGAAAGCCCCCCGCAAUGCCACCGUGGUGGCGAUGGGUGACGUUCGCCUGCGGCUUCUUUCACAUGAUCAGUUUGAGGAAUUCGACCUACAUCGCAAGUUGCAGUUGGAAGUGCGACAUGCCAACAUGAAGACAGGUUUGAGACAAUUGCUUGGAGAUUUGGUGACCAUGAGAACCUUCUGUAAAGCCAUGCUGCUGAUUGGCACCUAUUUUUUGGUGGCUGCUUUGAUUUUCUCCAAUUUGGAGGGCUGGAAUUGGAUGGAUGUGGUCUAUUUCUCGAUCAUUACCUUGAUGACGGUGGGCUAUGGUGACUUUGCGCCGAAACACUGGGCCUCACGCCUCACCUUGGUCUUCUUCGUGCUGGCGUCGCUGAUUUUGGUGGCCACCAGUAUCGGUGAGUUCCUUGAAACACUGGUGGCUUUGGAACUGCGCAACGAACGCGCUCGGAAGGCCUUCCAGCUGCAACAGGCGCGCGUAGGCGUCUUCGACCAUGGCGCCCGGCGGCGGCGUUGGCGCCGCCGCACCGCUGGGUGGAUCUGUGGCCUGCUGGGGCUGCUGCUGAUCUGCUCAGUGGUGGCCAAGGCAAUGGUCCGGAAGUGUCAUGGCUGGGUGGAUGCCUUAUAUUUCAGUGUGGUGACUUUGUCAACCAUUGGAUACGGGGAUCUGACCCCAGGGAAGGAACGUGGUAGUCGCUUUGCCGUGGGACUCAUGGUGCUGCUGGGUGUGCCAUUGUUCGCCUUGAUGCUGGCGCGCAUGGUGGAGAUCGCCUAUGGCCGAGCCAAGUCAUACGAUGGACGGCUGCCUGCAGUGGUGGGGGGCUUAACCAAUGAGAAAUUCGAGCAGAUCAUCGACUUCACGGAUAAACUCUGGAGAGCUGGAGGAUAUAACUCCAAACCACAGGAGAGUCUUCGGGAGGAGGUUACGCCCUACGAAUUUCUUUGUUUCAUCCUGACGCAGAACGAGUCGGUGUCCUUGGACGAAAUUAAACAAAUUAUGGCGAACUUCAGUGAGUUGGAUGUCACCAAACGUGGGCUCCUCACUCAGCAAACUGUGGAUGAAUGGUUGAGGCGCGGCUCGUGCAACCCUGAGGGCUUCAGCCCAGCGCGGUCUCUGAAGCGCUUGACUCAGAACCCCAGCUUCGAGGCUGCACCUCCCAACGAGCCGAGUGAGAGCUUUCGAUCUGACUCCACAAUCCCCAAAUUUAUGGGCGAUGUGGAACAGAAGGGCUUCACGUCGACAGCCUCGUUGGCAUGGGAGGAGGCGUUGGCCAGUGCAGAUGAAAACCUCCUCUGUGCGUGCUUGCCGGAUAGCUGCUGUCCGGUCACCCGAAAGCGAUGUGCAGGGCGUCGUUUUCUCCUACAGGGCGGCCUGUGCCUGGCCAUCUCCUCCGCCGUGCUCUCCGCCGUGGCGGCCCACGCCGUCGCCGCCUCGCAGAAGGCGGCCACGGCCGCGCCGUCGUCCUGCGGUGUGGCCAGGAAUUCCACCACCAGCUGUGUGCCUUGGCAGUUGGCCGGGACGCAUUUGUUCGAUCGAAGAAGCGGUGAUCUUCAGAUGGAUCUGGCCAACACGCUGGAGGAUUGCUGUGGCGGUUGCGAUGAGCUGGAAGAGUGCCAGGCCUGGAUCUUUGAGCGUGUGGCCAAGCGUUGCCGUUGGAUACGCUUUGAGGAUGAGGUUUGCAACAAGAAUCCAGAACAUCUUGGUUGUAGAUGCGUCACGCACUGGGGCACUGCGUUUGGCUUCAAGGCCAAGUCGAAUAUGGUGUGGCUCACAGCCACCUGA